AUGCUACUAAUUGGGGAAAAAAAAAAAAAAAACAGAACUAAACUACUAUUAAAAAAAAAAAAAAAACACUAAGAUUUAGCAUUAGCAAUUUAGCAGAGGCCAGAACGAGCGAGGGAAGAAGAUCGAUGGAAACUAGAAGCAGCAGUGGCUCAACCUCAGAAUCGGUGACCAUGGUAAUCCACAAUGCAGUGAUCGUCACCAUGGAUUCCGAGAGCCGUGUCUUUCAAAACGGAGCCGUGGUCAUAGACAAAGACAAAAUCAAAGCCAUCGGUCAAUCUCCCGAUAUUCUUCAACAAUUCUCUCCUCUGGCUGAUCAGAUUCUCGACCUCCACGGCCAAAUCGUGCUUCCUGGAUUCGUCAACACACACGUGCACACCUCGCAACAGCUGGGUAGAGGAAUAGCGGACGACGUGGAUCUAAUGACGUGGUUACACCAUCGGAUUUGGCCGUAUGAAUCCAACAUGACCGACGAAGAUUCUUACAUCUCCACUUUACUUUGCGGAAUCGAACUUAUUCACUCUGGUGUCACGUGCUUUGCUGAAGCGGGAGGGCAGCACGUGUCAGGAAUGGCGAGAGCCGUUGAGUUGCUGGGAUUGCGAGCCUGUUUAACGGAAUCAAUCAUGGACUCUGGUGAGGGUUUACCGGUGUCUUGGGGGGUUCGAACCACGGAUGAAUGUAUUCAGUCUCAAAAGAAACUUUAUGAGAAGCACCAUAAUACAGCAGAUGGCCGAAUAAGGAUAUGGCUUGGAAUUAGGCAAGUUAUGAACUCCACUGAUCGUUUACUGCUUGAAACCAGAGACACCGCUAGAGAAUUAAAAACCGGCAUCCAUAUGCAUGUUGCAGAGAUACCCUAUGAGAAUCAAGUUGUGAUGGAUACUCGGAAAGUUGAUCAUGGGACUGUUACAUUUUUGGACAAGAUAGACUUCUUGCAAAACAACUUAUUGGCAGCUCAUACAGUUUGGGUAAAUGAUACUGAGAUUGGUUUUCUUUCAAGAGCUGGGGUCAAAGUGUCUCACUGUCCUGCUUCUGCUAUGCGAAUGCUUGGAUUUGCACGUAUAAGGGAGAUGCUCAAUGCUGGCAUCUCUGUCUCCUUGGGCACAGAUGGGGCUCCAUCUAAUAAUAGAAUGAGCAUUGUUGAUGAGAUGUAUCUAGCUUCUUUGAUUAACAAAGGACGGGAAGUGUAUAAAAGGGGAACAACUGAUCGCACAGCCCUCCCUGCUGAAACAGUUCUGAAAAUGGUGACAGUUAAUGGUGCAAAAUCUGUACUCUGGGACAAUGAAAUAGGGUCGCUUGAGAUUGGGAAAAAGGUCAGACUAUUUUGGUUCCUUUUGGCUGACAUGGUUGUUAUCAAUCCUUUCUCAUGGUCUAUGGUUCCUGUUCACGACUGUAUUUCCAACCUUGUAUAUUGCAUGCGAACUGAGAAUAUUGUCUCUGUAAUGUGCAAUGGUCAGUGGAUUAUGAGAGAUAAGAAGAUUUUAAAUGUGGAUGAGGAGGAAGUUAUAUCAUUAGCAAAACGAGCUUCAAGCAAACUUUUGAGAAGAGCAGGCAUCGAAAUACCAAGCAGAAUGACUAUCCUCUGAUUGUUGGAUUAUCAUGCCCCGAUGCCCAGCAAUGUCAUGUGGAACGUUAAAAGUAUGCUCUGAUGAAAUGCCUUUCUCCUCUUGGUUAAUCAUAUGGGAAACUUGUUCCACAGAUAGGUAAUAGGUGAUCAUGUCUCUGCCGUCUUUAAUCUGUAAAUGCUUCUGCUUUUGAUAGUAGCCUCCUCUGUUGGUAAUAUCAUUUUUUUUUUUAUUUAUAACUUUUUUUAUAAAAAAUAUACAUGAAUAUUAUUUUUAUAUGUUAACAACA